AUGGACGAUGGAAACAAGGCUACACACGUCAUCGACAUCAACUGCUCAGAUACAUUACAGUACUCCUUAGCUAGCCACCUCUCCGUGAAUUUCAGACGGAAAGGCAUUUAUGCAUUAGUAAAUUGCAAUGGGACUCUGGAUGAGAUAGAGAGAGCUAGUGCUUCUGUGGUGGUUUUCUCUAAGAACUACCUUUCCUCCACCUCAUGCCUGGACAAGCUCGUGAGGGUUCUUCAGUGCCGGAGGAAAAACAGUCAGCUGGUGGUUCCAGUGUUUUAUGGCGUUAGUCCAUCAGAUGUUGUAGUGUCUGAGCACGAGUCAGCUGAUCAGCUAAGAGAAUGGAGUAGCGCACUGCAAGAGCUAAGAGAAUUACCAGGCCACCAGUCUAGGGAGGAAUGCGGUGAUUGCGAACUUGUGGAAGAGAUUGUCAAAGAUGUGUAUGAAAAAAUAUUUCCCACGGAAAACAUUGGAAUCAACUCGAGGCUCCGGGGGAUAGCACACUUGCUUUGCAAGCAAACAUGGGGUAUCCGUCGCAUAGGGAUAUGGGGUAUGCCUGGCAUAGGCAAGACGACACUUGCUAAAGCAUUUUUUGACCAGAUAGCUGGAGGCUAUGAAGCUUCUUGUUUCAUCGAACAGUUUGAUAAGGCGUUUCAUGAGAAGGGACUUCACCCUUUGUUGGCUGAGCAUUUCGGGAAAAUUCUGAAGGCAUUGCCUGGUGUAUGCAGUAGCAUUACGAGGCCUAGCUUCCCUAGGGACAAAUUAAACAAGAAGAGAACACUUGUUGUUCUUGAUGAUGUGCACAAUCCUUUGGUUGCCGAGUCUUUUCUUGGAGAGUUUCAUUGGUUUGGCCCAGGAAGCCUAAUCAUCUUAACCUCCAGAGAUAAACAAGUUUUCCGCCUUUGUCAGAUCAAUCAUGUGUAUGAGGUUCAGAGCUUAAAUGAGAAUGAGGCGCUGCAGCUACUCUCUCACUGUGCAUCUGGAAAAGAUAUAAGAGAACCAAAACUCCGAGAAUUAUCAAUGGAAAUGAUUGAUUAUGCAAAUGGAAAUCCAUUAGCUCUCAGCUUUUACGGCAGAACUCUUAAGGGAAAGAAACUGUCAGAAACGAAGACGACAUCCCUCAAACGCGAGCUGCAUACUCUACAUGAUAUAUUCAAGAGCAGCUACGAAACACUCGAUGACAACGAGAAGAAUAUUUUUCUCGACAUUGCUUGUUUCUUCAAGGGAGAAAAUGCUGACUAUGUGAUGCAAUUGCUUGAGGGGUGUGGUUUUUUUCCACAUGUUGAGAUUGAUGUUCUUGUGGAAAAGUGUCUGGUGACUAUUUCAGAAAACAGAGUGGACAUGCAUAAUUUAAUCCAAGACGUGGGCCGAGAAAUAAUCAACCGAGAAACAAGACAGAUCGAGAGGCGACGCAGACUAUGGAAUCCUUCGACCAUCAAACUUCUACUUGAAGAUGACGAAUUCAAUGGCACUGAAGACAUCGAGGGCAUAUUUAUGGACACAUCUAACUUAAUGUUCGAUGUGAAGCCUAAUGCUUUUGAGAAUAUGAUCAACCUUAGAUUCCUGAAGAUUUAUUGUCCCAGUGAUGAAAAGCAUUGUGGACUCCGCCUUCCAAAAGGACUUGAGUCUCUGCCUUUUGAGUUAAGACUCCUUCACUGGGAGAACUAUCCUUUGCAAUCCCUGCCACAAGACUUCGACCCAUGCCACCUCGUUGAACUCAAUAUGCCUCACAGUCAGCUUCAGAAACUUUGGGUAGGAACCAAGAACCUAGAGAUGCUGAAGAUGGUCAGGCUUUGUCAUUCCCUUCAGCUAACUGAAAUUGAUGAUAUUUGUAAAGCCCAAAAUGUCGAGCUUAUUGAUUUACAAGGCUGCACAAAAUUGCAGUGUUUUCCACCCAUGUGUCAUUUACAACAUCUCCGAGUUGUAAAGGUCUCAGGUUGCAGAGAGAUCAAAAGUUUUCCAGAGGUUUCAGCCAAUAUUGAGGAACUGCAUCUCCAGGGAACUGGCAUAACAGAAUUACCAGUAUCCUCUGUGACCCUCUCCCAACAAGCUAAGUUGAACCGAGAGCCGUCCAAUCUUCCAACAGAUUUCUCAGGUGAUUCAGAUGUUUUGAAUGUUAAGAGAUCAACAAGCCUGGUCAAAGUCAUCUCAUCUAAUCAAUACCUUGGUAAACUUGUUUGCCUGAAUAUGAAAGAUUGUUCUCAUUUGCAAAGUCUGCCUCACAUGGUUGAUUUAGAAUCUCUUAAAGUUCUUAAUAUUUCUGGAUGCUCAAAGCUCGAGCAUAUUCAGGGUUUCCCACGAAACUUAAAAGAGUUAUAUCUCGCUGGCACCGCCAUACAAAAACUGCCACAGCUUCCCCAAAGCCUAGAAGUCUUGAAUGCACAUGGCUGUGUGUCACUCCAAUCAAUUCCUUUUGGUUUCAAACAGCUUCCUAGGUAUUGCGCAUUCAGUAAUUGCUUUGCUCUUUCUGAUCAAGUGGUCAGCGAAUAUUUAAAGAACGCUCUCGCUUAUGUAGAAUGCACAGCAAAAGAGUAUCAUCAGCAGGAACUCAACAAAUUUCUGGAUUUCAGCUUCAGUGUUUCUCUACCUGCAAAAAGGAAAUUCACAUUUCAUCUGCAACCUGGAUACUCUUCGUUGAUACAACUGGGUCCUUCUUGGAAAAGCACGCAUGUGGCCUUUGCUAUAUUAGUUGAAGCUGCUUUUUCGGAGGAUUACCAAAACGCUACCGCUUUUGGCUUCAAGUGUGUCUGCAGGUGGAAAGACAAGGAAGGCCUCUCUCAUAGGCUAAAAAAAACUUUUAAUUGUUGGAGUCCUGGGGAAGGUGAUCAGAAGUUUCAAAAGGAACACCUGUUUGUCUUCUGUGAUCUCGAUUUGCAUCCGAGUACCAGUACAGGAAAGGACCCUGAUAUAUUGGCUGAUCUUAUUGUAUUUGAAAUUUAUCCUGUCAACAAGCAGAUGGAACUUGUAGACGAGAGUUGUACUGUGACGAGAUGUGGAGUGUAUGUAAUAAAUGCUGCAAAUGGAGAUACAAGUCUUGACAUGAGUCAACUGGUAUUGUCCUUGGAUCACCCAAAGAUGCUUUCUGAUGAUGAAGUUGAAGAAGCAUUCAGGGGCUUAGAUGAGAAAGAUAAAACUCUAUUUCUUUACAUCGCGUGUUUGUUCAAUGAUGAGGAAGCUGAUUUGAUUGCACCGCUUAUUGCUAGCAUUGGCUUGGGAAUUAGCUCUGGGUUCCAGGUCCUGGUCGAUAACUCUCUCAUAUGUAUAUCUACCUACGGUGUUAUAGUGCGACGUAACUUGCUACGAACAAUGGGUCGGGAUAUCGUUCUUAGACAAUCCAUGCUACCUGAUAGCUUGAAAAUAAACAAUACACCAUCAGUACAAUCUGGCGAGUUGGUUGGAAUCGAAGAUCAUGUGGCAAACAUGAGUUCUUUGUCAAGUUCGAAAUCUGAGGACGAGAAGACGGUUGAGAUCUCAGGUGACUCAGGAAAAGGGGAAGAAAUCGAUUCAAGUAUGGUUGAGCCAGUGGAGCCUCCGAUUGGGUUUAGAGAACAAGAAAAACAUAACUACACGAUGUGGCAAACAUUUUUCGAAAUUGUCACUAAGUAUGUUCCAGUUAAGCCCAUCGGGAGUGGUUUUGACGGGGUGGUUUGCUCUGCCAUCAACAGGGAGACAAACAAGAAAGUUGCCAUUACGAAGAUCCUUAAUGUGUUUGAGAACAGGAUCACUGCUGUGAGAACAUUGAAGUAUAUGAACCUUCUUAGGCAUGUGAGGCACGAUAAUAUUAUCGCACUCAACGAUGUUAUGUUGUCUGGUCACAGGACAAGCUUCAACGAUGUGUACAUGGUUUAUGAGCUUAUGGAUACUGAUCUGCAUCAGAUUAUUAAGUCCUCUCAGUCGCUCUUUGAUGAUCACCGCAAGUACUUCUUGUUUCAGUUGCUACAAGGAUUGAAGUAUCUUCACUCGGUGAACAUCCUUCACCGUAACUUAAAGCCAGGGAACCUCCUUGUGAACGCCAACUGUGAUCUAAAGAUAUGUGAUUUUGGGCUUGCAAGAACAAGCAUACGUAUUGGUACCGAGUAUUGGUACCAAGCCCCCGAGCUUCUUCUCGGCUGUAACAACUACGGAACCUCCAUUGAUGUCUGGUCAGUCGGCUGCAUAUUCGCAGAGAUUCUUGGCAGAAAACCUAUCUUCCCUGGAACAAAAUCUCUUAACCAACUAAAGCAAAUCAUCAACGUUCUUGGUAGCCAAGAAGAAUCAGAUCUCCAGUUCAUAAACAACCCGAAAGCCCGAAGCUAUAUCAACUCUCUCACGGGCUCGAAGGGUACCCUCUUUUCCAAUCUCUAUCCGAAAGCCGAUACACUAGCUAUAGACUUGCUAGAGAAGAUGCUCGUGUUUGACCCAACCAAGAGGAUAACGGUCACUGAAGCACUCUCACAUCCUUACAUGGCAGACCUGUUCAACUCUAAACACAUCCCACCUGCGCGAGUCCCCAACACUCUGGACAUAGAUGAGAACAUGGAAGAACACACGAUACGAGAGAUGAUGUGGAACGAAAUGCUUUACUACCACCCUGAAGCAACUGCAUCUCAAAGGCCUUCCAAGAUUCUUAAGAGUUCUUAG